CCAAGGUAAACUGUCGCUGUCAGGGAGAUUUUCUUCGACGUUUUUCGUUGCCUCUUUUUUGUGCUCGUAGUCCUAGACGACAUCCUUAAGGAUAAACGUUACUUACCUGGAUGCGUCGAGUUUGGAGUGCGAAAGAAACGCGGGCCAAGUUGGCGUGUUUUCGUCGUAACUCAGAGUAGCUGCUCGGAGCUGGUCUCUCGCCUUCGACAGAGUUUGCUUUUUCGCAUCUUUUACGAGUCGUGAAUUUUGUUCGAGCAAUUCUACGGUAAAAGGAACAGAAAACUUGCCUAAUGUUUGAGGUUUCUUGUCCGAAAAGCUUGACCGAAUUUUGUCAGCCAUAAUACUUAAUUUGGAAUGAUGUACAAAGGAAGUUUACGAGUGAAGGCUGCAGAGAUUGCAGUAUGAUAAAUAUUUCGGAAAAGGUUUAAUAUUAUGUGGUAAUACAUGAACAUCAUAUAAUGAGAAAAGAAAAGUCAGCAUAUUAAUAUAUCAUGGAAGUAAAUGAUACUUCUUACUUCAGAAAAGUUCGUUAAUAACUGGCAUGCAACAAGAUACGUUCAACAUUUCUGUAUCGCAUGGGUUCCUGUUCAUUAUGAGAAAUCUGUUAACUUUAUGAAAUUCUAUUGCCAAAGUUUAUAACAUGAGAAUAACAAUGCUGUAUGAAAACCAUAUAUUCGAAGAAUGAGAAUCGAGAUCGUAGUUAUUACCGCAGCCAUUAACAAGUGCUAAACGUUCUAAAGAAUGACUGCACAUUAAAAAAGAAAGCAUUUGUUUUAUUGUCGAAGACAGUAGAUUAAAUGAGUAUUCGUUCGAUACCAUGAUUGCUUAUAAAUGAUGCCCAAGAGCCAUUUGUCGUGUAUCAUGUAUUUAGUACUUCCUGUAUUUACAACUACAUAUUGCCAACCAGCAACAAGCUAAUUGGGGUAAUUUUCCCUGAACCGAAGAUUUACCGUAUCGAUCCAAUUGCUUCUGACAAAUUGUACAAAAUCAUUUUAAUAAAAUUAAGAAGAAUAAUUUGGUAGAUUGUACGGGAGGCGAGUUAAAGUUGAAGGUGUUGUACCUGAGGUACACAAAGAGAAAGUCCUAAUGCUGACAAAAAGCAUAUCGUAUUCUGACACCCAUAACGAAGAAGAGUCAUCAUAUGUAACAAUCAGCAAUGGGCCCUACCCUUAUGUAGCAGAGUCAACCAAUGCAGAACCCAAGAAAUACAGUCAUAAAUUAGAGGACGUUUACUUUGUUACUCCGAUUCUCUGCACACAUUGCGAGGACUACAUUUUUGGUACCGGAAAAGUGGGUGUAAAAUGCGCAGAAUGCCACGCGUGCUUCCAUCUCGUCUGCGCGGAGUACGCCGGACAGCGGGCCUGCCAAUGGACCGCCAAGGGUCACGCUCCGCAGAGACAGGUCUACGACAAGGACAAGCCUGUUAGCGAAUGGACAUCUUUGAACGUCGUAGAAUGGAUGUCAGCUCUGAACUUGUAUCGCUAUGCCGACGUUUUCAAGUCCAAAGACAUCAAGGGCAGCGAUCUACCUCACUUGGAUCGAGAGAAGCUCAUGAACAUGGGGAUAAGGGAUGAGUUCCACCAGGACAACAUUUUGGAGUGCAUCAAGGAGCUCUGCCAGCCGUCGACGUCGCCACCCCCGUUAUCGGGGGCGGAAGCGUCUUUGGGGGCCGUCGGCCUGCCCUCGCCGAGCGCCCUCGCCCCCGCCAACGCCCCCAACAAUCCGCACAAUCUCGUGCCGCACAGCUUCAGCGUCUUGGAGAGGUGCGACAAGUGCCAUAAAUACCUCAGGGGCCUCUUACAUCAAGGCUUCCUCUGCCAAGAUUGCGGUCUGGUUGCCCACAGGAUGUGCUCAGCGACGGGCUUGCACCCGCCGUGUCAUCCGGACCCCGAAGGCCGACCAAACCGCUUCAGUUCAGUGUUUGGUCUCGCACUUUGUUCGCAAUUCGACGUUGCGACCCGCUCUGCACCAAUUUUAGUGGAACGUUGUACCAGGGCUCUAGAAGAAAGGGCUUAUGCGGAUCCGAAGUUGGAUCUGUAUAAAGUUUACCAUAGUAGUCCUCCGAACGAGCAAACCGUGGAACUACGACAGAAGCUCAACGAGGAUGUCUGUAACGCGGAUUUAUCGCAAUACAGUCCUCAAUGCAUCGCAAGUGUCCUAAAAAAGUUCCUGAGAGAGUUGCCAGAUCCGGUGAUUCCGGUGCAAUGCUACGAUAAGUACUUGGAGGCAUCAGGUCUACGGAGCGACGAGCAAUGCGCGACUCUACUUGACCAACUCGUCACUGAUCUUCCUGCACAUCACAAAAGUACUCUCUAUCAUCUGAUGGCACAUUUUUGUCGUAUAUGCCAGUUACAACAUUCUAGAGGCUACACGGAACCACCGACGAUUCUUGUGCAGGUCAUUUGCCAUAUAUUUCUGAGGCCUCCUUGGGACCGCAUCAUCCAAGUUGUCUACAAUACUGAAGCGCACAUACGUAUAAUGGAGUUGUUGCUGCUUCACGGCGAUUGGAAUGAAAGGUUGCCCGAGUUUGCAAGUGCUCCUCAAUUACCUCCUAGAAAAGUCUCCAGGCCACAAUUUCCAGUUUUGGACCCUUUUCCGAAUAUAGAAGAGGACCUUUCUUCGAACGAUAGAUUGUCGCAACCGGAGAGUGCUAAAGAGGCACAACAGCAACAACUUCAUAGGCCGCGUACUCUGCAAGAGGCGGAAUGGUAUUGGGGCGACAUUAAAAGGGACGAAGUCAACGAAAAAAUGAUCGACUCGCCCGAUGGGACGUUUUUGGUGCGAAACGCAUCGUCGAAAAAAGACGGCGAAUACACGUUGACGUUACGAAAAGGCGGCACAAAUAAGCUCAUUAAAAUCUGCCAUCGGAACGGAAAAUAUGGGUUUUCUGAACCAUACAAUUUCCAUUCGGUUGUGGAACUUGUCGAUUAUUAUCGAAAUUGUUCUCUCGCUCAAUAUAAUUCCACCUUGGAUAUCAAGCUGCUUUACCCCAUAUCCAGAUUUCAACAGGAAGAUGAAAUAUCGAGUACAACCGAUAUGGCGAACGUGGUCCAGAAGUUUGUUGAGUUGGAUAAGGAGAUGACCGACACCUUGAGACAAUAUCAGGAUUGUUCGGAAUUGUAUAGCAGAACAGCAUACGAGGUGCAAUUAAAACGACAAGCACUGGAAGCUUUUUCCGAGGCUAUCAAAAUGUUUGAGGAUCAGAUCAAACUACAGGAAAAAUUCCAAAAGGAGGCUCAACCGCACGAAAUAUCCACUCUCACGGAUAACGCAGAGCUUCUAAAAGGAAGACUGAAGUCCCUGGAAGAAAGCAGAGAGCAGCUUGAUGACAGUUUGAAACAGCAGAUCGCAUAUAACAGGACCCUCGAGCGAGAAAUGCACAAGCUGAAGCCCGAGAUUACGCAACUUGUUCGCCAACGGGAGAAGCACUACUUGUGGUUGAAGGAAAACGGGAUGACCCAGAACAAGAUUAAUCAGCUGGUGCUGCACCAUUCGUUUGCCAACUCGGUUGUGGGAGACUUGGUGUACGGAGAUCUGCAGGAGGUUGACUUGGAGGUGCACGGCGACGAAGAGACGUGGCUCUUCCUCGAAGGAUCUCGACCGGAUGCAGAUCGGUUGCUCGCAGGUCGUCCAGAUGGGACCUUCCUCGUGAGGAGAUCAAGCAGCGGUCAAUAUGCCCUCUCAAUAAUGUGCAACGGUACCGUGAAUCACUGUAUAAUAUAUGCAACGGAGCGCGGUUACGGUUUCGCGGAACCAUAUAACAUCCAUAAGACUUUGAAGCAUUUGGUGCUUCAUUACGCUCAGAACUCCCUGGAGGAGCAUAACGAGAGUUUAAACACGACCUUAGCCUAUCCUGCAUUUGCAUCUCCCUCCGCCUUAACGAAGUUGCAGGCCCAACAUAGGCAGAUGCAUCUGCAAAGCCCGAACCAGAUUAUGUUGCAAAGUCCACUUUCCAGACCAUUAGAAAAUCAACAUUUCGGGGCACAUACGUAAUCACUUCUUUAGGACGUUUCAAUAAAUUCGAUUGUUGGCUAUUUGUCAGCAGGCGGGACCAGGUUUUGAUCGCCUUACUAAAAACAGUUUCCGAGAAAAAUAGGAAAAAAAAAAUGCCGGCAUUUUUUGUCGCAGUUUUGGAACGUCCUGGUUGCUGGGCAAUUGAUUCGACUGAUCUUGAAUUCGAAAAUCAACGAAGUCGAGUUCGAAGUUAAACCUCGCUUUGAUGUUUGUUGAAAAUGAGGUUCCAAUGGUUCAUGAUACCAAUCAACUGUUACUUGCUGAAUUUAUGAGAUAGAGUUAUAGUUCCGACAUAGUACUAGCAGUAGUAGCGGCAGUAUCGAUUAUGAAGAAAAUCUCUCUGAGGGAAAUCCAGCUAACGUCGUUUAUCUGGAGUUCACUGGACGUUUUUUUAAGUCGCCUUUGACCUAAAACAUUAAUUUAUAAAUAAUCACAGCGUACGUAUUCAAUGCACCGAUGAUCGAUUCAAAUGUCAAACGGAAGUUGGCGUAGCCAUGCUUCAUCGGUUCAUGUUCAGUAAUUUGUAGAAAAUGAGAGCUUUUUUUGUAUAUCUUCGAAAAAGAACCGUCUAUCGAAUCGUCUCAUUUCCAACUUAAUAUGUUCUGUUGCACGUCGUCGUUUCGACGAAUAAGUUUGAUGUCCAGCAUGAGAUUUUUUCUUCCGUAGGAAAACCAAGAUUAAGAAUGACAUAAACGAUUUUUGGGCGAUCGGUCCAACUUUUGUAUCUGAAAAGCCGUCGAUUCGGACGAUGAUCUUGCCAGAGCAGUCGAGUCAAAUCAGUUUUACUAUUACGAGGAGUUUUCUCCCCUAAAUGUCCAUGCGAGAAAUUUCCAUCUCAUUCGCAGCAUCUCCGGAAUUUUGUUCCCCUCCGCCCGUGUUUCCUGUAGGGGUAAAAGACUCGGUAGAGUCUUGCGCCAAGUGUAUUAUAUACAACGAAGACCUUCCGAAGCGGAGGUGGACUUUUAUACGUAGAAUUUAAGCUCUGUGCCAGCCCGAAGGUGCGCGACCUCGAGUUUGUAGAUUUGUCUGUGAUUUUGGAUCGGCAGAAUGGAGGAUCGCGUUAAUCAGUAAUGUUUAUUGUAAUAUUUUGAUCCUCUAAACAUGUUCGAUCGGCAGGUUAAGAGAUCAACGAGGACGAUCAACUGAUUGGCGUUCGCAGCUGAUCAUUUUUGUUGACUCGGAAACUCUUUCUUGUAGAUGGUACGAAAUGAAGAUCGAAGAUUUCGCUCACCGACUUCAGUAGAGAACGGUCAGCAAUCAUUGUGAUUACGCACGGGCAUAUGUAAGGAGUGGAAAUGUGAAACGUUCAAAUUUACCCGAAGUUAAAUAAAGUGUUAGCGACGUGUGUCAAUAGCAGGUAUUUUGCUAUUCUACCUAACAGCCGAUAAAAUUGAGCUCUAAAAAAUUUGUAAUCAAUUUGCAGUUGGCAGAGCUCAACUUCAAGAAAAACUUGAUAUGUGGCUGAGAAAGAUUUAAAUGUCGUUCGCCCAGCGGUUGAUCAUAGAAGUGCUAAAUUUACGCUACUAAGUACUCAUGAUUUAUUGGUGUUUUACAAUGUCAUGACUCAUUGUACCAAUCCACAAUAAUUAAGUUAUAGUGUUAUUAACUAUAUAUUCAUGAGAACCGGUAAUACGGAAUGGCUUGCACUUCGGAAACGAUGUCCGUACUUUGACAUUUAACAUUUAAACCAAUUUCUUAGGCACAUGUUUGAGAAAUAAUAUUUAGAACGUGUAAUAUAUUUUGAUGAACAGUGUACACACACUUAUAACAAUUAUGUGUCUACUGUACGUGCAUGUCACAUAAAUGCAUAUGGCAUGAGGUAACAUUUAAAGGGAAAUAGAAUGAUUAAAUGUUUCAUAUUUCCACUUAAGUCCCGUUGAUGCUUUUUUCGUUUUUUUUUUUACGAUCGAUGCAAAUUCGGAACUCCCACGUCUUAUGGGUAUUCCUCGUGCUAUUAGGUAGUUCUAGAUUAGCAUUAACAAUUUGAUCGAGAUCGCUCGUGUCAGUUGACAAAAAAGCCGAUCUCUGUUUUCUUUGUGAUCUUGUCGAUACCUCUCAGGUUUAGGUUUAGGUUUGUCGCCGAGAGAUCUCAAAAGCAGCGAUUGCAAAGCGUUGCAAUGUCACCUGUCGACCAUGCACUUUUGUAGAAGUAAUUAUUAUGGAUGCGGGGUUCGAGAAAUCUUGCGUUUAUGCAGCGGUCGGUAAACGCAAGAAUGUAUCGAUUCUUCGAAUCCACGUUCGAUGGGUAUUUGACAUUUGUCGCCAUUUGCAAUGCCUGCUGCGAAAGUCACACGAAGAUGUAGGACAUUGUUGAAGCGAGCAAUUAUAUUUUGGUAGAGAGAAAUUGACAAGGAAAUUUAAGGUAACAGGGAAACGAGAAGGCUAUAGAGUUAUACAAUGGGAUGACGAAGAAGGUCGAAAGGCUGACGUAUUAUACACACGAUAUUGCCAUGAAAGAAUACAGUCGCGAUGAGAAGAAAAUCGAUGGCAAUUAUAUGCACUCUUUGCUGAGAAAUUAAAAAAAUUGGAUGGCUCGAAUUGUUCUGCAUACUUUGUACGCGCAAAAGAACUGAUUGAGAUAAACGUAUCCGUUAACAAUUGAAGAAAACCGUUGGUGAGCCGAUAAUGCAACCAGGUUAUUUCAGUUUAUUUAUAAAAUAAAAAAUUGGAUUAUCCUGCAGUAGGCAGGCGACAGGCUGCCGAUGCGUUAACUUUUCUUAACCCCCCCGAAGCCAAUAAUGGACAGGAUUUUAGCACGUUCAGAAAAAAAUGGCUCCGAGUGGGUUAAAUUUCGUGAACUAGUGAAAAAGAUUUGUAGACAAGUUGUAACAAUUGUAAUUAUAAAGGAUGUGAAGGCAAUGCGAAGCUACACGUGAAGCCCGGUAGAAGUAAUUAUUUUCGAAGGGUGAACACUCCAUUUUUUCCGUAAGAAAGAUAUAAAAUAAUCUUCUGAUGCUUUAGCAUACAAAUAUUUAGGAAAGUAUUGCCAAGAUUAUACGAAACACAUUAGAUGUGAACGGAAGGAAAUUGCGAGAAGGAAAAUUCAAUUAAACAGAUAAACUCAAGUCAGGGUUUGUAAAACAACUACGGUAACGUAUUCCUUUUUUCAAUCAUUCGGAAUUCUUUGAUUUUCCUCGAAAACGGCUCAGAGAAUUUUACGUUCAUCUUAGGAAUGAAAGAAUUAAUUGAGUACUAUGAAAAAAAUAUUCGUGGUGUAUAAUAAUUGCUUUUUUUACGCCACGCUAUUCGGAACAUUUACAAGAUUGACUAUGAACAUUAUAUGAUAGUUGUAACAAUUAUUACUAUAAAUCCAUCUGAUCAGAACUUUGGAAUAUUGUGGAACAGUGUAAAAAUCGAUCUGAUUAGAUGUUUCUCUCCCUGUAGAUGAAUAUAUUUCGGCUAGAGCGGAUUUUAAUAUAUCCGGAAGAUCAGCGAACGAUUGAGUAAUGAUUGAAUGUGAAUAAAUAAAGGCACAAAGUGAGGUUCGCCAAACGGUCGAUCGUCGUCGCGCUUCGACUUGAUGUAAGUGUAAGUUAGGUAGCUUAGUUUUUUUUAUAUACCGAUCAAGUGCCCUAGCGUGUUAGUUUUACUUUAUAAUCAACUAAUUGCGCUUAAUGAAGGAGCUUCGGGUCGGCUUUUUUAUGACACGUUUUCACGAGUUAACAAACGUGAAUUCGUUUCGGCAACGACCCAAAGUUGUUCAAUUAAAAUUUCUUCUUUAUAUAAUUGUCGAGGUCCUUCAAAUGAUCAUUUUGUGAAGGACUCGUGUGUGAUACUUAAAAGAAGAGGAUGAAUCAAUUGUGACGAUGCUAAGAAACGAAGGAGCUAUGUGUAGAUCCCUUCCGGCUCUAUUGUAAAUUACGUACAAUAUGACAUAACGUGACGUAACGCUACGUCCGCAUCUUUUAUACAUGCAAUGUGUGCAUGCAUUUGAAUGCGUGUAUGUCUGUAUGUAUGAAACGAGAAAGACAGAAUGAUAACGGGCACGUGUUGAUUUCCGUCGCAGAUUCCGUCAUUCUUUAUUUUUCCUAUUGCCUAGAUUCAGACUAAUGCAAAUUUGGUAAGUUGAUCGUUUGUUACAUGGGCCAGGUUGACCAACUUCGGUAUAUACUAUUAUAAUUAUAACAUUAUUUCCUCUUUUUAAACAUGUCGUAUAUAAUGGUGUAACAUGCAUUACAAUUAUUUUAUUAUUCAAACAGAAUUUUUCCAGCAAUAUAAUCGAAAUAAUAUGAAGUUCCGACAGGGUCACAAUUCAUAAUUGUGUUACUGUCCCAUUUAAUUAUAACGCAGUUAUGUCAUGGUUGGUGGUCCUGGUUAUGCACGUGUAAAAACGAUCUGCAAGUCCUUUUUUCGCCAGAAAUGUCUAAAAAGUAAUUCUUCCAUUACGUUUGCAAUUGCUUAAUUACCCUAUAAUUUCAUUGCUGGUGUUGGGCAUCUAUUACACUUUGGAAGUAAUUAUUCAUUAAAUAUACAGUUACUGGGUAGAAGAAGAACUAUCUAGAUAAAUUCACGACAGUAGUGAUGUAAUUUAAUUAAUUGACUGAUAUAGUAAUGGAAUUACAAUAUUGUCUGUUUUCAUUGUUGGCUCGUUUCUCGUCGUCGUAUGCGCUCAUUUCAUUUUUUUUUGUCAAACUAUUGAACAAAAUGAUCUCAGUAAAUGUCGAAACAUGGCCAUCCUUUUAGAGAAAAGAAUAGUGUACGUAUUGGAAAAAAAAAACGGUUUCUCGAAAAAGAGAACUUCUUUAAAUUUGAGUGCAACUGAGGGGUUUGGAAUAUCUUUAAAAAAUGUAUAUACAAUUUAUAGGGCGUUUCACUAGGAAUCGUAACAUGUAAAUCAAUUACCCGCCCAUACAAAUGGAAUGGAAGGUUUGUAAUUAUAAAACAUUUGGUCAAAAGUAAAAGAAAUUAUAUUUA